AAUGUACAUGUGGGAAUGCUCUUACUUUCACUAUGCAGUAAUUAUAUUUUAGUUAAAUACAGAUGGCGACUUUUUUUGGCCAGUUCAUGUCCUUGCUUUUUCCAAUCACUGCAAUUUUUAUACUGAGGGCAGUGUAACCUUCUUGUUGUGUGCACUGUCUCUUUAAGGCACCCGGAAGUGGUUCCUUUCCGUGUGUUCACUGGUCGCGGGUUCCAAACGGACAGCUGAGCUCCCUCCCGAGCGAUGAUAUCCCUCCGUGCAAUCUGCGCUUUCCGCAGCAGUACGAGGUGCUGGCGACACCGGACUGUCGUCAAACUGGCUCUGGAGGCCCCGGCCGUCAACGGUUGUCACUGGUACUCUACCAAAAUUCGCAACGGUGACUCGGGUAUGGAUGACAUUCUGACGAGAGUCGUUGUACCUUUACCCUCAUACGAGACGAGAGACAAGUCCCCCCCUCCUCCCGAGUCCAACAGCCUGGAGUUCAUGCAUUUCUACAAAAGUCUCGAAAAGGAAGACAAACGGGAUUUCCUGGCGAAGCUGUCGCAGGACUUCGGCGUGGACCAUAAAGGCGCUUCGGAGCUCGCCCUGAAACUGUUGGACACUCAGCUUCGGGACUUGGCGACUAUUCUACAAGUAGAGGACAGGCUUCGGUACUACCUGACCCCCCGUUACAAACAGUUGCUCAGUCAUAUAAGCAAAGUCGAGGGGGGAGUGAAGUUUCUGGUGGAUCUCCGAGCCGACGUGCUCGAAAUAAUCUCGUCCAAAGCAAGCGAGAGCCCGCAUAUCAGGGACCUGAACGGUACGCUGAAGAGCUUGCUGUCCGAGUGGUUUUCAGUGGGUCUGCUCCGGCUUGAGAGAAUCACUUGGCAGUCACCCUGCGAGAUCCUGCAGAAGAUCAGCCAGUAUGAGGCAGUGCACCCCGUAAGGAACUGGACUGACCUAAAGCGCAGAGUGGGACCGUACCGACGUUGUUAUGCCUUCACCCACGCCGCCAUGCCGGGAGAGCCCCUGGUUGUACUACAUGUGGCCCUCACGGAAGACAUCUCCGAUAACAUACAGAGCAUUGUCCGCGAGUUCGCCACCGUUGACUCAGAGGAGGAUGUGAAUAAGAUAAACUCAGCCAUCUUCUACUCCAUCUCCUCAACCCAGGCCGGUCUGCAAGGGGUGGAGCUGGGCAACUACCUCAUCAAGAGGGUGGUGCGAGAACUGCAGAGUGAGUUCCCUCACAUGGCCCAGUUCUCCAGCCUGUCACCCAUCCCAGGCUUCUCCUCCUGGCUCCAGGGCCUGCUCAGCCAGUACAGGAAGGAGGGCAGAGCCUUCGACCUCCUCUCCGAGCAGGAGUGGAAGGAGGUGGAACAGGCCACCGACUCCAGCCCGGGGGCCGCGACCGUCGACUCCCUCCGCAAGCUCAUCAGCACCGGCGAGUGGAUGCGCUCGGAGAGGCUGACCCGCGUCCUGGAGCCCGCCCUGAUGCGCCUCUGCGCCUGGUACCUCUACGGCGAGAAGAGGCGGGGCUACGCCCUCAACCCGGUGGCAAACUUCCACUUGCAAAACGGCGCCACCAUGUGGCGGCUCAACUGGCACGCGGACACCAGCCCCCGGGGCGUGGCGAACUCCUGCGGGAUCAUGGUGAACUAUCGCUACUUCCUCAACGAGACGUCUAAGAACAGCGCUCUUUACCUGCAGAAUAAGGUCAUCACGGCGACGGAUCAGGUGCUGGCGCUGGUGUCCCAAUUUCAGAAGAACAGCAAACUGUAAAAAGAAGAUAAGAUUACACCAGGAACACUCUUAGUCGUUUGGGCUGCAGGUUACGUUGCACCUGGUGUUGAUAAUUGACUGUUAAUAUUACUGAUAUCGAUUGUUGAUAUUGGGCAUGUUUCGCCCAAUGAAAGAUUUAAAAAAAAAAAAAAAGCAGGAGGCAGGGGUAAGCUGAUUAUUACUUAUUUGCCUCAUUGGAUUUCUGGCCGUAGCUGUUUGAUAUUUUGUGAGCGAUUCCCAGGACAGACUGCAGCUAAUGAAGCACAAGGCAUCUAUCAGUGCCAGUGCACGUUCGUGGAUAACAGCGUGUGCACUGGUAAGAGAGUGCAGCUACAGGAGUGAAUGAUGUUUAGAUUCUUUCAUUUGACUGCUCUGUUUCGCUUCAAACACGUGAAGAAUGGGAGGGAAUUGGAUUUUGGUCUCUUUUUUUUUUUUCUUUCCUCUCUCCACCUGCUGUUACACUGCUUAUUCCCACUAAAGCUCAACACACAAAGGCGUGAAAUCACAGGGUGGAAAUAUUACUUCAUAUUAAAUAACUCUAAACAAAAUUGCUUUUGCUUUUUCUUGUACAUGUAUUGUGGCUGCUUAUAUUUAACAGUUGACUGUGCUCACGCUAACCCACUGGGCUGGACCCUCCUGGUAAUUCCAUUCAGGUGAUUUUAUUUUAUUUUAUUUAUUUAUUUUUUGGAUAAUUUGGACUUUACACACACACACACACACACACAGAGACGACCAAUCUCUCCAGAGAGCCAUCGCUGAUGUUCUAACUGCUCCAUACAGGUGCCAAGCAGGGCUCAUAUCAGCCCACACCCCAUUGUUGUGAAAUAAUAUAUCACAGCAAGUUGACUGUGAAAUUACAUUUUAUCUCUCAGAGGAGCCAAACUUUCUUUUCAUUUUUUUCACACUCUCCGUCUUUAUACCCCCCCGCGCCCACCCCACCAUUUUCUCUCUUCGUGCCGCCGUGUGUCCUAGAAACUAAUGGAGUGAGAAAUAAAGUUAAAGUAAAUGGCUAGAUUGAUAGUCUUCACUUGUGAAGUAGCGGGGAGGAGUGUAAAGGAGUAUAAAAAGGACAGUUGUUUAAAGGAUGCCCUUGAGAGACGAGCGUGGGUCUCCGGAGAUGCUCAAUAAUGAGACACCCGUGCAUUUCUUUUGUUCCGUGGGGUGGCAGGGCUUCCCGACAAUGGAGGCGGACGGACAAUAUGGAACCGGUUGCCAUGCCGACGAUGGCAGUGGCUACGGAGCCGUGAGCUGGUUUAAAAAUUCCCCCAGCUUUUAAUUGGGAACUAUUUCAUAAAUGAAGUGAGAAUAAUGAUGAUGAGUGAUGUUUAUUUUAUUUUACGUUUUUUUUUUUUUUUUUCUUUUAGAUUUUUAAAAGUCAGAUCAGAUUUACGGUCGAAGUUAUAACCACACCAUGACGGGUAGCUAGCUGGAGGC